CGGCUGUUGCUGUGGAGGUGGAAGCUGUCGGGAUGAAGCAGGGCCCGGCCCGGCGGGAUCUGCGGCCCGGCAGUCCUCCCGAGAUGAAAGAAGAGAUGUACAAGUUGUCCUUCUCACCAGCUCCAGAAGAGCCUGAACCAUAUGUUCUGCAAGAUGACAUCCAGGUGCUUGCAAGUAAGGAGGCAGCUCUGAAAAAAACAGCAGAUUUUAUUGAGGUUUCUUCUCAAGAUGUUACUACAGCAUCUUUAAAAGAGAAAUGUAAAAGAAAGAAGAAAAAGGUUCAUCAGAGCCUACUGACACAGCACAAAGCUCUCCAGAGCUGGGACCAUCAUAUGGCAAUCAGGAAAAAGCAGGAGAAACACCUGGGAGAAAUUCUUCAGAGGCCAGAGGAUGAAUUGCUGAUGAGUGUCUCAGAGCAUUACAGGCAAAUCCAGGAAGAACGUGACCUCAUUGAUUGGAAUCUCCCUGCCCUGCUCCCUGGAAAGGGCUACCGCAGAGGAAGCGAGUUCUGGAGCCAGCCCGAGCGUAUUGGAGAUGAACUCACUGGCCUGACAUUGACACUGACUCAGAGAGAACGUGGCUGCCCAGAGCCAGUCACUCAUGUAGGGAAACCCCAUGCUGUCCAGAUGGAAACAGGUCUGAAGCCUCCAAAGAAGAUUCCUUUCUAUGAGACCUGGGAUAAGAGUCUUUUCCUGAAGCAGCGAAGGCAGGACCUAGAACCCAUCCUAGAGGAGCUGAAUUUUUAUAAGCCGGAUCUGGAUGGACUGGAGGUGAUUGGUACAAGGCAGCCUUUCACAUCUGUCUCAAGAGAGUCUUCUCCACCUUCCACCUCUUCAAAUGAGUCUGAGACUCUCAGUGGCUCCUUACAGGAUGACCUUGAUGCAGUUCCAGAAGCAGUACAGGGUCCAUCUUUAGUUUUCGGUGGCCAUCCUGCUUGUUGGAUCAGUUACACCACUCCUUGCAGGGAUAAAGUUGGCAUAACUGCAGAGGUCACCUUUGAGACAAAGACGGGUGAGCUAGCUGAAAGCUCUCUGACAGUGAGCAAUGAUGGCACCACAGCCAUCUGGUAUGAGUGGAUGAGGCUCCCCCAGGGAAUUCCCUUCAGAAAAAACAAGGAGAUGAGGAUGCCAUGUUUUUACUUUGAUACCAGAUCAGGUGUAAUUUUGCCUGAACAAACUAGGAAGUUUUCCAUUCUUUUCAAGUCAGAGACAGCAGGUGUUUUCAGCGAGUACUGGGAAUUUAGGACACAUCCUUUGUUGUUAGGAGGAGCUCUGCUGCAGAUGCUCCUUUGUGGACUUGCUGAGUAUGUGGAUAAAUGGGCUGAUGUAAGAGAGAAACUGAAGUGUGACCUGGCUGCUCGAGUGGCUGCUUCUAUAGCAAAAGAGAGUCUGGAGAAAUGUCUUGCCCAAAUUCGGACCCCAGAGCGUGCCCCAUCUCCUGUGGGUGCCUGUGUCACAGAGGAAGAUUUAUUCCACCUGAAGAAUCCCAAGCUGCAUUAUCAGCAUCAGGUGGUGAAGCAGCUGCAUGAACUAUGGAGAAAGCACAUGACUGUUCCUUCAGCCACUGAGGAGGAGGUGCCCUCGGGCCAGCAGAGGAUGGAGAAGGACACGGAGUGCCAGGAGGGAACCUCAGAGUCUCAGCCUCCUCAGGAUAGCACCACAGAGGACCCAUCUUGGAAGAACACACUUGAGGAGGAUCCGAGUCACACUGCAGAUGUGAAGAAGGAAGAACCAGGCUGGAACUACUCCUUCGAGGACUUUAAACAGGCUAUCCUGUCAAUCCCCAAUGAGGAGGAGCAAGAAGCAGCACUGGCCCAGCUCAACCAUGCAGCACUGGAGCUGUGUAUUGAACAGAGGCCAACUCAGACAAACCUUUUGUAUCAAACCUGUCUCAUGCUGUGGUGUGAAACAAUUGAUAACAUGGUGAGCUGCUCCAUGAGGCUGAGGUCCUCUCUUGAACUGCCUGAGAACACCACCUAUCUUGAUACCUUUCCAGAGGAAACAGUGGAGGUGAAUGACCCAGUUUUGUAUCAGCAAUACCAGGAAAAAUUUUACGUUCAAGUUUAUGGGCUGCUGGAUUCAAUGGUGAGCAAAAUGUUUUCUUUUUUUGAGGACCUAAAGGAAGAAGGUGCUCUGAAGUGGGAGGCUGAAGCCCGUUUUGAUCAGAAAUAGACUUUUAAAAAAUCAAUAAAUAGC